AGCCUCCCCUCCCAGCUGGCUGCUAUCGGAAGUUAGUCCGCCCAGCAGCCUCAGGAGCAGGCGCUUCCCAGAGAUGCCUCUGCUGAUUAACGGGGAUCGGAUCGACCUGGCCCAGCCCCCGGGGGAGCUGAUCCGCACCUACCCGCACCUGGAGGAGAAAGCAAGAGUUCUAAGAGGCCAACCUGCUCAAACAGUGGGACCCAAAGGACUUCUAUACAUCCAGCAAAGAGAGUUUGCAGUGACCACCCCUAAAGAUGGUUCCGUGUCCAUCCUUGGGUCUGAUGAUGCAACUACCUGCCACUUGGUGGUGCUCAGACACACAGGGAGCGGCGCUACCUGCUUGACACACUGUGAUGGAUCCAGCACUCAAGCCGAGGUGUCGCUGAUUAUGAGUGCAGUAAAAUCUUUCUCUAAUGACACAGAAUGUGGAAGGCUGGAAGUUCACCUAGUUGGAGGUUUCAAUGAUGAUAGGCAGUUAUCUCAAAAACUUACUAAUCAGCUUCUUAGAACAUUUGAUCUCCAGCAAGAUGAUGUCCAUUUAGUGACGUUCUGUGUGACAGAAUUAAAUGAUAGGAAGGAAAAGGACAAUCAUUUCCCAAUCAUUUAUGGAAUAGCUGUGAACGUUAAAACAGCAGAGAUUUUCCAUGCAACUUUUCCAGAUAAGGGACCAGAUGAGGAUUUGCGUUCAGCCCAUAUGUUAACAGGAGCACCAAUGACUAAUAUUUAUGAUGCAAAGAGAGAGCAACUCCACAUUGGACCUUACUUCUGGAUGCCUUUCCCACACGUGGACUUCUGGUUGGAGCAGGAUGAUAAACAGAUAUUACAGAAUCUUUCCACAUCGCCUCUGGCUGAACCACCCCACUUUGUUUCCCACCUUAGAUCCGCAUUGCUAUUUUUAAAAGAGCAUCCAUUUCCCGAUGACUCCCUGUUUCCUAACAGGAACCCUCGACUUUAUAAAAAGACAGAAGAAGGUUUAUGGGAGCGACUGUUUUGAAAUGAUUUAACAUUGC